CUCCUGAAGCCGGAAGUAAGUCCUCUGCUCGGCGCAUGUUUCAGUUCAAGAGUCCACCACUAUAUCCAUCUAAACAUCACCGCUCGUGACUUAAUUGUGCAAUCAGCACUUUUCUCUUGUCUUAGUUCAUAUCGCUGGAGUUAACAUUGACAGCUGGACGUCGUUGUAGAAACAGGAAGGAGAACCUUUCCGGGAACACAGCUUUCGCUAAGCUCGGCUAAGUAGCUAGCAGAAGUGAACUCCCCGGCGCCUCGCAGGAUGUCCUACAGGAAAACUUUCAAGCUGAUCUGUGGUUUCACCGGAGGCUCGGCCGUCCUGGUGUUCGCGGCAGCUGUAGCCGAGUCUCGAGGCUACUUCGGGGAGAGCCGGGGAGAGGCGGCCGGUCGGUGGUCCAGACUGACCGUGGUCCAAGCUGCUCAGCCGGCUUGGACAUCUGCCCGGAACACGCCGGCUCCGAAUGGACCCUCCUGGGACUUCAACUGGGACAAGAGAGACCCGUCUGUCCUGUCCAAUGGGAAGAAGAAGGACAGCGUGGCUGAAGACCCCAGCUCUGAGCAGGACAACGGCAAACCCAAAGCCACGCGCCACAUCCUCCUCAUCCGACACUCCCAGUAUAACCUGAGUGGAAGCAGCGACAGGGAGAGGAUCCUCACACCAUUAGGUCGUGAGCAGGCGGAGUUGACAGGUCGGAGGUUGGCAGCUAUGGGGUUGAAGUAUGAUGUUCUGAUCCACUCCAGCAUGGCCAGGGCCACUGAAACGGCACAGAUUAUCAGCAAACACCUGCCAGGGUUGGAGCUCGUGAGCUGUGACAUGCUCAGGGAGGGUGCACCUAUAGAACCGGUCCCACCCGUCACUCACUGGAAACCUGAAGCUGUGCAGUACCACGAAGAUGGAGCUCGCAUUGAGGCAGCUUUCCGCCGCUACAUCCACCGGGCUGACCCCAAGCAGAAGGAGGACAGCUAUGAGAUCAUCGUGUGUCAUGCCAAUGUCAUCCGUUAUUUUGUGUGCAGGGCUCUCCAGUUCCCCCCAGAGGGCUGGCUGCGUAUGGGUUUGCAUAACGGGAGCAUCACCUGGCUCACCAUCCGCCCGAGUGGCAGGGUGGGCCUGAGGACUCUGGGCGAUGCAGGAUUUAUGCCCCCAGACAAACUAACCCGGACCUGAUGGCUCAGCACAGGUGGCUCAGUGUUUUCCUUAAGUGUCUUGAAAAUAUUUAUUUUAUUACAGAGUACCAUGUCAGAUUGUGCGGUGCUGUUGUGGUUCCGUCGGUGCCGUCACCAGCAGAGUGAUUAACAGCUGCACACGUGAAUGUAAUUUUAAUAUUUGUACACAAGUGAGGUUUUUUAGCCAAACAUCUGUAUUUGUAUAGCAGCUGUUCAUGCGAUGAGCUGAGUGGAGUUAUUAGUUUAAUGGAGUUGUGAUAAAUAUCGCCUCGACUUUUUUCUUGCUUGUACACAAAAUCAGAGAAAUGCAAAUAAACACAACAGCAGUAAUGUAGGAGUGAUUUAUUGAGUAGUUGAAAGCAAAAUCAAUUUAGACACAUCAAGAGUUCACCGUGUACUUUUUUUUUUUGUUUUUUUUAAAUAAAGCAUGUUUUAAGUUGUUUAGGUGCAUUUUUGCAAAGUUCCACAUUCAGAAACAUUCGGAGAGCAAAGUUGAUCUCUUGAGGAUGACGUACAAUCUUCUCUGAAGGAGCUUGUGCUCAUUAAAAAUAACUUCACACAACAGAAUACAUUCAAAACACGUUCAGACUUAAGUGGCAAUUUGAAAAUUCAUCGUAACGUUUUACCUUCCUGGACGCGACUCGUGAGCUCUCGCAGAAGCAGCGAACGUUUCCGAACAACGGUUUGGACACACUGACUCGAUGUUUCAUCACUGCCACAUGCACGAGGUUGUUCUGUACAGCUUUGACAAUUAAAGCUUUGGGAUUAACAAUUAGGUAAAAAGUAUUUUUAUGUAAAAAAAAAAAA